CCCUGUUUUAUUCAAGCUUCCCACCCGGACACCAUUUGGAGAGGUUACUUCCGCUUUACGUUGCGUCCAUCUGCUUUCUUAGCUUCGGCACUUUCCGAAGAGGAUCAGAAUUAUUUUUUGGACCAAAAAAAGUCUGAAAUAAGUUUCUUCACACCUGAUCUGUAAGCAAAGAUGACGGACCGUUACAACAUCCACAGCCAGCUGGAGCACCUGCAGUCGAAGUACAUUGGCACAGGGCACGCAGACACCACCAAGUGGGAAUGGCUGGUGAACCAGCACAGAGACUCGUACUGCUCCUACAUGGGCCACUUUGACCUCCUCAAUUACUUCUCCAUCGCUGAGAAUGAGAGCAAGGCUCGUGUGCGCUUUAAUCUCAUGGAGAAGAUGCUGCAGCCCUGCGGGCCUCCUGCUGACAAACCUGAGGAUGCUUAGAAUGAAGCAUCACUCAGAGAGGACUUUAGUCUAUUAAGUUUAGGGGUCAAGUGUGAAUGAGAUUUUUAAAUGAUUUUUUUUUCUUUUUUCAAAUAAGUGAAAUCCCAUAUUUUUGCCAUUUUGUAUUUUGUGUGACUCACAACUGUGUCUGAAGAAAAUAAAAUGGGAGAAUGUGUACAUUCUCUUCCCUCACCACA